GAGAAACUUGUGUUUGUAUCGUUUUUAUAAAACAAUGCCGUUAACUUUAAUAAAUUCGCCGUUAAAUUAAUAAAUAAUUUACUCAGUGUUAAAACCUUGAGAGCGUGAGCUUAUGAACGCGCUCCAAGAAUCGUUCCUGGUCUCUGACUAGUACAUGUGCGCAUCAAAAAUAAACAAACCGAGUUCGAAAUACAAAUUUUUAUUUUUAACCCAGUUAAUUUAUAAAAUAUGCCUAUUUUAGCCGAGCUCGCCGGUGAUGAGAACACAGGAGAAAGUUCCCGCACAUUUGUUUUCGAAGAUGAGGGUCAUACAUUGGGAAAUGUGCUGAAGAGUAUUAUUUGUAAAUAUCCGGAUGUGAAUUUCUGUGGUUAUACGGUACCGCAUCCGGCAGAGAACAAGAUGCACUUCCGCAUCCAGGCAGCCAAAAACGUGAAAGCCAUCGACAUCCUGCGGCGAGGUUUGGAGGAUUUGGAACGGGUUUGCGAUCACACGAUCGAAACGUUCGAAGCGGCAGUGGAAUCCCAUCGAGACGGUCAACGAUGAAUGUUUACCUACUUACCUACCUAAAUAUAUUUUUUACGAAAUUUCA